GGAUUACCAAGAAAUAUUUAAAAGCAAUAUCUAUGCAACAUUGCCUACUAUCGCCUAGCGUUCCACGUGCCUUGACGGUCUGUUUUGAGUACUUGGCUAAAAACGUAGCAGAACACUCGAGAAGCGCCUUUUGAGCGACUUUGUGUUCGGCGUGGAAUUUAUGUUUGAGAACAUGCUUGACCUUCGAACGUUUGCGGGUGAAGUGGGUACGCAGUCUUAAGGCUGGUGCAGCAUGAAUCUCCGCCCUCCUGCUUACCUACAUUCAUUACUUCGACAUUCUUAGAUCACAAGCAGAACCUAAGAUCAGUUUGUUGAUGCUGAUGGGUAUUUCCCUGUGUCUACUUACUUCGGACACGGAGGAGUCUUCAGUUCCGACUUUAGCUCUAAGAAUCGUCGCGCCCAUUGCAACCACCCUCCAAGGCUGGAGGGAAAUUGCUGGUGCCACCCCAACAUGCAGGCGUCGCGGCUCCGAGUUCACAUUCCUCAUCGAUUUCAUCCGGAGGUGGUGACGUUUUGAGUCCGGAAAGCCGAGAUUACAUCGCGAAGCGUAAGCUACAGGCUCUCUUCCGCGAGUUGAUUGACAGCACUUCCACGUUCUCUGGUCACAGUGCUGGGAGAACUGAAGCUGCUCGUGGUAGCUACCUAGAAGACGGACAUGGGCAAGGUGUCGGAAAUGGGCCACCACGGAAUGAGACGGAACUUCGCGUGCACUUGAUGAAAUUUCUGGCGCGCAGACAAUCGAAAGCAGAGCUUGAGGCCAUGGGCGUUACGUUUGCGCCAGUGAACAUCGAUAAAGACACGAAUGUGAGACAUGGUAUAGCUGGCCAUGAUGAAUGGAAUUUCAUUGAUUUGUAAUCACAAUGAUCUCCUGUGGUCUGAUGAUGAACUGAAUGGUUCCGGUAUUUGGUAACCUGAGUUUGAUCCUAAGGGAAAACAAGAAGAGAACCCUUAGGAUCAAAUUCAGGUUACCAAAUACCAGAACCAUACAUGAACAAUUUUAGCUUUUCUGUCGUUGCAGUCAUUAGUUCGUUGUCCGCGUAAUAUUUGUAACGGUCUCCUUGUUCUUGAUCGUGUGUAUGUCAUUACUUUCAGCUUGUUUCGAUCCUUCGAUGGUGAAUCGCGCCGCGCGAGGACUGAACGUGUUCGAUGAAGGCGAGCGGGUACGCGAACAAAUUGAAAUGUCUGCCGAGGAAGCGGAUGCUUGGUUUAUUAAUGUCUUUGACGGCCUAGCCAACGAAGACGGUCUAGCUAGUCGGCGGGCGCUGCGCUUGGCUUUUUAUCGGGUCUCCGGUCGAGCACCCCCGAAGGAGACUGAAGAGACGGAAAAGCAGGUGGAAGUUCCUGUAGCGACCGAAAGUAACAGGAAUAGUGAAAGUGCGGUUUUGAUAUCAGGCACCCCUACUCCCGUAGGACCUAGUGCGAGUACCAAACUCAAGGAACGAGAUGGGAUCGCGACGAGUCUAGCACAAGAAUCACAGGACGAUCCUGUUGUUGAUGAUCUCAUUUCUUUCCCAGAGUUCCUGACGAUGAUAUUCGAGCUUGAGAGAAAGGAACGAGAGGAGCAACUGCAGCUACAGCAGCACGCAGCGGCUCGUACAUCCAAUGCGGCGACUACUUCCAGUUGAAAUGUUUCAAGAGUUUACCGAUUCCACCUGUCGACAACACAGACAUGCUAACAACAAGUAGUGCAGUGGCAGUGCAAUACUGACGCGAGGAAAAGCAUUAGCAAGUUCAAGUCUUGAUGAUGUAUUUUGAGAUUGUCUUUUUUAGUACCUCCAACUCCAACAAGAUCACUCGGACAAGCAGGACAAUCCGGAUCUAGAAGUAGAUCCUGUAGAAUUCGAGCCUGCUAAUGCAAUUGCAAACAACGUCGACUUGUUAUAUAGAGACCAAGAACCAACCACGGCAGUAC